UUAAAGUCUGGUAGUUAAGGUUAUUAUAAGUCCUGUUAGUUGAUCUGGUUAAAGUUAAAAGUCUGUUAGUUGACCUGGUUAGUUGAGGUUACCAGUGUGCUGGUGAAGUUGACCUGGUUAGUUGAGGUUAACCAGUGGGUUAGUGAAGUUAAAGUCUGUUAGUUGACCUGGUUAGUUGAGGUUACCAGUGGGUUAGUGAAGUUGACCUGGUUAGUUGAGGUUUACCAGUGUGUUAGUGAAGUUAAAGUCUGUUAGUUGACCUGGUUAGUUGACCUGGUUAGUUGAGGUUACCAGUGUGUUGGUGAAGUUGACCUGGUUAGUUGAGGUUAACCAGUGGGUUAGUGAUGACAGCCAGCAGCGGUGCAGCUCCGGCUGCUCGCACCGUGCUGCAGCAGUGUCUUCAGGCCAGACUCCAGGUGAAACCAGCAGAGGAACUGUCCCAAGCUCAGUUUGUCCAGAUCGACAGAGGAAUGGUGAUCUACAUCUGUUUCUUCAAAGGAGCCACAGACGACAUCUUGCCCAAGAUGGUGUCCACCCUGUUGAGCCUGCGGCUGUGCGAGUCCGACUCGGGGAAGAUGGUGUCGGUGCUGGAGCUCCCCGGCAGCCUGCUGAUCGUCCCUCAGGCCACGCUGGGCGGCAAGGUCAAAGGCCGGGCCAUGCAGUACCACAACAACAUCGGCAAAGAGGAGGGGCUGCGGCUGUACGGCGCCUUCGUCUCUCUGUGUGAGAAGGAGCUGGCGGGUGCUGCUGCUGCUGAGGUGACGGUGAAACACGGGACGUAUGGGAACAGACAAGUUCUGAAGCUGGACACCAACGGACCGUACACACAUCUGAUGGAGUUCUGAACUCUUGGGCUUGAAGUUGCACACUUAAUUUUUUGUUAAUUAAAGGAUCCUUCUGGUAUUACCAAAAAUAUUUCACAAUAUUUUCCUUUUAUGAGAUGCACGUGUAGAGAUGGAGGGGUUUGAUUAUCCCCACCUUAGAC